AUGGUAAAAGUGGCGAAUAUUGUUAUUAUUUACUUAAUUUUUGUCAGAUUAUUUCUAAAUUAAAAUUUAGUGAUCUUUCUAGAAAAAUGGUUUAGAGUGUAGAACUUUAAAGAGCAGUUGUGGUAUUUGAAGCAAAUGAUAAAUGCAAACCUGAUUGUUCAAUACAUUUGA